CAUGGAAUUCCAUGGGAGGCUCCCCGCGCUGCUCGCCAUUCUCUUGCUCCUGUGCAUUUUCGGCGCAGCUCAAUCGUCGCGCAAGGCUGGAUCAGGCGAUGCUAAUGGCGAUGUCGAUCGAGGAGGAGGCCAAGAUCAAGAUCAUCAGUCGCCUCCUCCACCGCCAUCGCCAUCGCCACCGCCGCCGCCGCCCCCGCCGCCGUCCAAGAUCGAGUCCAAGGAAGAUUUCAAUGCUACUGCCGGUUCUUCCAAGAAUCAGACCAAGGAGGAGGAUCCGCCGCCAUCGACGGGAGCUCAACCUCCACCGGAGGCCGAGGAAGAAGAUCCUGGUCACUGUUGCGGUCUUAAAAUGCGCGCUUGCCUCUCUUCUCCCGGCGAUUCUAGCGAUGGAAUGCUCUCUCUUGUGAUCAAGAGCCACGAAGUCGUCAAAGUGAAAGUGAUCACACCGAGCUUCUUGAGCGCCGAUCCUUCGGAGCUCACAACCACAGCCGAUGGAAAAGAGAUCCAAGUGAAGAUAGAGAUGGUCGAUCCAGAAGCUGCCAAGCUCCAAUCUUCCAUCCAGAUCACAGUGAAAUCCGACACCGAGUCGUGCAAACUCCCAGUUCCUUCUCACAAUCUCGGAUACAGCGAUCAGAAGAAAACGUUGCUGGGUGGAUUCCGCUACUCGGCCCUGAGAACUCCGGUGGUGGGAUUGAGUAUGCUAGCCGCGGCACUCGUUCUGGUGAUGGGAUCUUGGCUCUACUGCCGCUACAGGGUGAAGAAAACGGGACAAUCGAGCGCGGGCGAGCACAGAUAUGUGGAGCUGGAGAUGGGAGCUCCAGAUCGAGAUGGAGCUGGGACUGCGCUAGAGGUGGAAGACGAUGGAUCGUGGGACAAAGUCUGGGACGAGGAGUGGGACGAUGGCGAGGAAGCGGUGGGAAGUUCUUCCUUCAAGCUGACCGAGAGCUUAUCGGCCAAAGGCCUGGCGCCGCGAAGAACAUCGAAAGAUGGCCGGGUGGAUUAAACGGUAAAAAAAGAGAAUUCACUCGUUUGAGAGUGGACGAUUUUGCUUACUUUACUCAUGUAAAUUCUUCUCGCUUUUAUACUGACGAGGUUAAACUUGCUUCG